AGUUUGUAGCGUUCGAUGGGAUAGGCCAUAACAACCAUCCAAGAAGGCGUUGUGCUACUAUGGGGAAAUACCGAACCGAACCGAGGAUAAAAACGGUUUUGGUUUAGUUUUUACUCGAGGUAAAUGCUGGAAAUUCGCCGGAAAGUCGAUGCAAGUGGAAAUUAUCGCAUAUUAGCGAUCAAAUGUGGACGUUGACGUCGAGCCGUGCGUAAUGAGCAGAGUUGGAAAAAGAAGGUGUUGAGCUGCAUUUUUUCUCUCUCUGCCAGAGACAACUUAGGUCGGAGUACUGCUUAAACUACGAGGCGAUACGAAGCAAAAUAAUGCCCACGAAGCUCUCCACUUUCUGGCAUGGCAGGCUGCGCCUGGGGCUUUGAGGACGCUCCAGAGGAUCCGUGCCUGACCCACAACCGAGGAUCGACAGGAAUACGUUGUCUGAGCAGAAUGACUCAGCAAGAGGGGGGACCCCCAAAUAGCAAGUGAAGAAAAGUGAGGAUGGGUGCCAAUGGAUCCAGCUAUCCACACUCAUGCUCCCCACGCAUAGGGGGAAAUGCACAAGCACAGCAAACUUUUAUAGGAACGUCAUCCUACUCCCAGCAGGGAUAUGGCUGGGAGUCUAAGCUAUACAGCCUGGAGCAUGGCCAUGAGCGGCCCACAGACAGGAAGAAGAAGAGUCUUGGCCUGGCGACACUCAAACGGAGGUUCAUCAAAAGGAGGAAGUCGAGCCGCUCAGCAGAUCAUGCGCGGCAGAUGCGGGAGCUUUUGUCAGGGUGGGACGUCCGUGACACAAACGCCCUUGUGGAGGAAUAUGAGGGCACAGCAGCCCUCAAGGAGCUGAGCUUCCAGGCCAGCCUGGCACGUGCUGAGGCACCCAGCUUGCAGCGGAAUCUGGCUGCCCUCUACCAGCAUAAAUACUGCACGGAUGUGGACCUCAUCUUCCAAGGUACUUGCUUCCCAGCUCACCGGGCAAUCCUGGCUGCCCGCUGCCCCUUUUUCAAGACUCUGCUGUCCUCAUCCCCUGGCUAUGGAGCAGAGGUUCUAAUGGAUAUUGAGACAGCUGGCAUUGAUGUGCCCAUGUUCUCUGCCCUACUUCACUACCUGUACACUGGGGAGUUUGGGGUGGGCGGAGCGGAGGAUACCAGGCUGCAGAACGUGGAUGUGCUUGUGCAACUCAGUGAGGAGUUUGGUACGCCCAACUCCCUGGAGGCUGAUAUGAAGGGCUUGUUUGACUACAUGUGUUACUACGACGCUCUGCUCAGCUUCUCCUCAGACUCUGAGAUGAUAGAGAACUGUAAUGAGCGAGGGGCUGUGGCUGCAGCACCAUCAGGGGGCUCAGGAGGCAAUGGGUGCCCCGGAACCCCAGAUGAGGACCUUAGGGCUCAUAAAGCUAUCCUCUCAGCACGUUCUCCUUUCUUCAGGAACCUUUUGCAGAGGCGCAUUCGCACAGGAGAGGAAAUGACUGAGCGCACAUUGCAGACACCCACCCGCAUAGUUCUGGAUGAGUCCAUCAUCCCACGGAAAUAUGUGCAGGUUAUUCUCCAUUGCAUGUACACAGAUGUGGUGGAGCUCGGGCUGGUGCUGCGGGGCAGUCCCUCAGCAGGCAGCCUUGGCGAGGUGCAAGCACUGGUGUCUGGGGGCCGUGGAGCCAGCACACGCACCGAGGAGGCCAUGGAGCUGUACCACAUCGCUCUGUUUUUGGAAUUUAGUAUGCUUGCUCAAGGCUGUGAGGACAUCGUUGUGGAAAGCCUGUCUCUGGACUCGCUCGUCCCCAUCUUGAAGUGGAGCUCCCAGCCUUAUGGCUCCAAAUGGGUCCACAGGCAGGCCAUGCACUUCCUCUGCGAGGAGUUCAGUCAGGUUGUCACCUCAGAUGUUCUCUACGAGCUUAGCAAGGAGCACCUUCUCAGCGCAAUUCAGUCUGACUACCUACAGGCGAGUGAACAGGACAUUCUCAAGUAUGUUGUUAAGUGGGGCGAGCAGCAGCUUAUUAAGAGGAUGGCAGACAGGGAGCCCAAUCUGUUGAGCGGGACAGCCCACAGCGUAAACAAGAGGGGAGAAAGGAGAGACCUGGAUGUGGAGGAGCUAAAGGAGAUCCUGUCUCCCCUCUUGCCCUUCAUCCGGACUGAGCACAUCUUACCUUCCAACAGUGACGUCCUCUCUGACGCGCUUAAAAGGGGUCUGAUAAGCACCCCUCCUUCAGACAUGCUGCCCACAGCUGAAGGGGGAAAAGCCAAUGCGUGGUUACGGCAGAAAAACGCUGGCAUCUAUGUGCGUCCCCGCCUCUUCUCUCCAUACGUGGAGGAGGCUAAGUCUGUGCUUGAUGAAAUGAUGGUGGAGCAGACAGACCUGGUGCGUUUGCGAUUAGUGCGCAUGUCCAACGUACCAGACACACUCUAUAUGGUCAACAAUGCUGUGCCUCAGUGCUGUCACAUGAUCAGCCACCAGCAAAUGGCAAGCAACUCAACCACGGCACCAUCGGUUGUGGCCAAUGAAAUUCCAGUGCCGCAGCUGUCGGUCGUAAAGGAGAUGAUCCGGAGGCUGCAGGAACUGAGACACACAGAGCAGGUCCAGAGAGCUUAUGCCCUCAACUGUGGUGAAGGAGCCACCGUCAGCUAUGAGCUACAGCUGCGGGUGCUGAGGGAGUUUGGUCUGGCAGACGGCGCCACUGAGCUACUGCAGAACCCAUACAAGUUCUUCCCCGAUGAACGGUUCGGAGAUGAGAGUCCAAUUCUGGCUCUGCGCCAGGUGGGUCGGUGUCGGGUAAACAGCAGCCCAGCCAUGGAUAGCAUGUUCACAGAGCUGGAAGGGGUAGUAGGCUUCCACCCUCCUUUACCUCCUCCACCUCCCCCCUACCACCCACCUGCCACACCCAGCCAUGCUCAGCUCAAGGGUGCCUGGCGACCCCGUGUACCCAUGCCCACCCCCACCCGUUCCUUCUCCUACCCCUGCAACCGCACCUUGAUCCAGCGCCAUGCAGCCGCCAAGCAUGGCAGCUCAGACUACUCCUCUGUGCCCAGGCCCCAGCCCCCAGACUGUACCAACCCGCAAGCUAUGGGCCGAGUUUUGCUCUCAGACCGGCAAGCGAUGGGCAUGGAGCCUGUUAUAAGGGAGUUCAUGCCUGACAUUGCACUGGGUGUGUCGGUGAUGUCCCUAAGGGAGCAGCACAUGGCAGAGAUGGACAGGGAAAGCCCUCACAGCCCAAUGGGCCCCUCAGGCCGCCAUCUACCCCAUGGGCCCUGCCCUUCCUCCCGCCUCAGCCAUGGCCACGGUCCUGGGCAUGGUCACUCCUGCAAGAGACACGCUCCCGAACCCAAGCUGGAGGCUCAAGCCGAGUUCCCUGACCUGUAUGACUUCUCCUGCCGACCUGCAACCCCGACCUCUGCUCACCCUCUGCCCUCCUUUUCAGGACCAGACCUCUACAGUCACAGCUGCACCCCCUCCAGCUCUUAUCCACCCCCCUACAUUUCUGACUCUCAGUCCCAAGGUCACUUGCAGGGACGAACUGCCCCAGACUCACUACGUCUGGAUGUACUCAGCAUGACCUCUCAGAGGCAUGAUGGAGUCCUUGCCAGCCCCUCUGGGGCCCAGCCUAGAAUGGGACACACACCAAGGGGGCGAUCAAAUGAGACAGACCUGACUCAUGGCUUGGGUCAUUUACGGUCUCCCAGUGGGAACAUGGACAACUAUGAGGAGAGGCACACAGGAACUAGAGAUGCCCCAGAGGAGAUGGUUCUAGCUGGAGAAUCAUCAGGCCUGGGGCCCCUCCAGCAGCCUCACAGGAACAGUGUCAGCGAAGAGAUCACCAGAGACCGCAGGUCACCCAGCAAGCCUGACUACCCUUAUAAGAAAUCUGCACUUUAACCCCAGUUGAGGGCCAAAGGUUGAGUUAAGAAAAGGGAAAGCGUGAUGAGUGGCCAUCACAAUGGAUGGCAAAGCACUAAAUGUGUGCCUGUGUAUAUGUGUGUGUGUGUGUGUUUGAGAGGAGCAGGGAAAAGGGGUGGUCGAUGGUUGCUAUUUAUAGGAUCUCUCCUUUUGUCCUACCUCUAUCACACUGUGCUAUCCAUCACACAGUCAAGAGUAUGGGAAGAGUAAGAGAUGUAGGUUAAUUGGCGAUGCUUGUAAUUGAUCUCCGCAAGCCCAAGUCCUGCUGGUUUAGAGGAUGACUCAGGCUCUACUGGGAUGGAUUGGUCUCUUGAGUUUGAUUGUAAAGAAAGAGGUUUGCUCUAUGCUGUGUGAAUCCUGCAUGAGGAGGUCACAACACUAGAUGUAGCUCAGUUAUGAACUGAUGUUUUAAGACUUUCUUUUCAUUGGUUCUGUUGUCUCUGUUAUUUUCAGCAAGUAAUGAGGAGAUGGCAGGAUAAGAAUCUUAAUUUACACAAGCAAACAAUGGCACCCAAUGUGGGACAGACAGUAUUAUGAUAAAAAUCAUAUGUAAAUUCUUCGGGAUGUGUUCUUUUCCUCCCUUGACUUGUAUUUCCAUUUUUUCCUGUAGCAUGCCUAUAGCAACCCACCUUACUAGUUUCCCUCCUCCUGGCCCUGGUUCUGCAGUGCUGAGGGACAGGCCACAAAAGCAGGAAUUGGACCUGACAGGAAGUAGGUCAUCAGAGCUCCAUUCUCCUGUAACCCAGUCUGAUCAUUGUGUCAGGCUUUAACUAUCACAGCCUCUCAGUGUCUAGCUUAGAGGCAGACAGGAGUAUCGCGGGCAGGUUCAUUACUGAUGCGGAAAUAUAGGGGUGCCAUGACAACUGACGAAGUGCUGGGGGUGUGUUAGUUUUUCAGCUGGAACAGGUGUUUCUGUGUGUGAGGAUAACUUUAGUACACACAGGUGUUUAGACAAUCUCUGUACUGUAUGCUUCCAUCUUUAGUCAGGUCUGUUUGUACAUAUCAGAGUAUUUUGGCACGGAGUACGGUGGUCAGGGUGCUGGAGUUCCCUCUUGUUCUGUUUUUAAUUCAGUAGCAUCAAUUAAUCAAAUCUAAAGCCUUAACCAGUGCUUGGAAUAUUCAGUUUUAGCUACCUUCAAUUAAAUGAUGUCAUUAUAUCGCAACCCGUUAAUUGCUUAUUUGACUGUUCUGUUCACCAAAACCAUGUACAUACAUCUGGCCUCCAUCUCACCACCUCAUGGGAGAUUGUGGACCUGCACCUCCAGCGUUGUUACUGUUAAAUAUACUGUUAAAGAGCCACAGCGUCUGUAGCUCCAGAACCCUGCGAGUACACACACACAAAAGCCUGUUACAGCCAACAGCUGGCAUACAACCUCACAUACAAGUAUCGUUGCACUGUAGGAGCCACCUGUCUGUUAGCUGAAGGGAAAAGGAACAAAUGAAUUUUGAACAAAAGGAAUCUUAUAUUGAAGAGAAGUUGGCGAUUGCUGGCUCAUAUCUCCAAUGGAAAUUGUAUAUAAUGAAUUGAGUUCCACAUGUUCUGAUGAAUUUUUAAUGGUUUCUAUCACAUUUUAGUGGUUGUUGAAGGUUUGUGUUUUUACUGUAGUGGACAACACUGUGUACUUGUCUUUGUCCUGAAAUCUCACUAAGAAUGUGUGGUAUAAAACAUAAAGAUUGUGUCUCAGAAUCUAUUUUGUUCUUAAAUGUUAUGCAUUAGGGCAGUUUGUUCAAUGUUGUAGGUGUUGUGGAUUACCAUGUUUGUAGAGAUGUCCCCCCCGCCCCUAUUUUCCUUUACUUUUAAAGCAACAGGAAUAUGAGAAGGAUCUGAAGACAUUAGCGCUCAGCUUAGCAGUGAUGAAGUUGCCAAGCAGAAAAAUAAUUUUUCCAUCUAGGUUGCUUCAUGGGGAAAAAAUGCAAAACUCCAGAUUCCUCCCCAUGUUCAUGUUUGGGUAGUUGUUUUAUUUUCCUGGACAAUGUACCAUUGAAUAAAAGUCCUUGUUUUGCUCUUUGCUGUAGACAAGUCAGUGCCUUCCCCCGCCUGCGGCCGGGCUUUUAUUGGAGAAGUGACUUUGAUGUCUAUGCAAGCUCUUUUCUACCAGCUUACCAGCCUGCAUCAAAUACUCCUUUGAAAUCUCAUGUAGCUUGUUUUGUGUACAUAGUGUUAUUUAGCACCUUUUGAAACGGAACCAUCUGAAAUGUGUGAUUGCUUGUGUUGAACAGGUACAUUGUACUUGUACGGUAUCAUAGAAAACAUGUUUGUAGAUUGAUAUUAAGUUGCAUUUAGUUUCACUGAAUCUAUUUUUCUACUGUCACCUCAAAAGGUGCAUAACAGUGGUUAACUUGGGCAUCCUCAAAAUAAACUGGUUUGAUAUUACGGAAUUCA